AUGAACCCCCACGGCUUCCCCUCGCGCAUGACGGUGGGCAAGCUCAUUGAGCUGCUGGGCUCCAAGGCCGCGGUGCUCAGCGGCCAGUGGCAGUACGGCACGGCCUUUGGGGAGCCCAGCGGCCUCGCCAGCAAGGUCGAUGACAUCAGCGCGCUGCUGGUGGAGGCGGGCUACAGCUACCACGGGAAAGACUUCCUCACGUCAGGCAUCACGGGUGAGCCCCUAGAGGCGUUCAUCUUCAUGGGCCCCGUGUACUACCAGAAGCUCAAGCACAUGGUGCUGGACAAGAGCGGGGUGGGGGGGUCAUAUGUCGUGUGGUCUAAGGUGGCGCGGGAUACGUGA